CGGCGGGGGUUACAGGAAGGCAGAAGAAGGCGGCGGCAGAGAGGCGCGUCCGUCCGCGUAACAGCGUCGUCGUCGUCGUUGUCGUCGUCGUCGUCCUCCUCGAGACACGCACGUUGUCGGCUGUGAAGUCGCGAGCAAGUCGAUCGAUCGAUCGGUUCGCACCAGUGCCGAUAUCGGCGCCGGGACACGAAAGCAAAAAACCAGCGGCGACGGGAGAAGAAGAAGAAGAAGAAGAAGAGAAGAAGAAGAAGAAGAAGCAGCAGCAGCAGCAGCAGCAGGCCCCCCUCGGUGUGUAACUACGUACGUUCGCGGCGUGCGGCGCGCGACUCCAAUUCGUUCGACCAGUGCGGCUAUUAAUCGGACCGCGACACUGUCGUAUCUGUCGGUUGUUGGUUGUUCGUUCGUUCGUUCGUUCGUUCGUUCGUUCGUUCGGUUGGUUGGUUGGCUGGCUGGCUGGCUGGCUAGUUGAGUAGCCUGCCCCCGAGUCGUCGGUUCCGUGUUCGGUCCCGAGAGCGUUCACAGCGAGAGCGAGAGCGCGCGGAGCUUUCCUUCUGCACGCCGCGGCUCCCUAUGAACUCGUGACAGUGUGGCGACGGAGAAUCGAAGCGAAAAUCGAGUGGAGUCGAGUUGUCGGAGCGAGCCGGGUCAGGUAGAAGUGAAGCGCGCGGCGCGGUUCAUCGCCGGAAAAUCUCAGUCGCCUGGUGACGAGGAAGAGAGACGGACGGAAGGCGAAACGCGCGAGAGAAGAGAGGACGAGCAGCGCGCGCGUGAGACGGAGAGACAACGAGAAGGCGUGAAAGGAAGAGAGAAAGAGAGAGCGCGAUAGCGAGGGAGGGAGACAAGAAGAGGGAACGAGAGAAAGAGAAUCCAUCUCACUGAGAGCAAAUCGAAGCAAAACGUGGCGGAUUCGGUGACCCCUCGACUGUGACCAGGCGCACAGGCAGGCAGUAGAUAGGGCAAGGAAAUGCGUGAAUAUAAAAUAGUAGUGCUGGGCAGUGGAGGUGUAGGCAAGUCCGCCCUCACUGUCCAGUUCGUGCAAGAAAUCUUCGUAGAGAAGUACGACCCGACGAUCGAGGACAGUUAUCGCAAGCAAGUCGAGGUCGACGGCCAACAAUGUAUGUUAGAAAUCUUAGACACAGCCGGCACAGAACAAUUCACAGCCAUGAGGGACCUUUAUAUGAAAAACGGACAGGGCUUCGUAUUAGUAUAUUCGAUAACAGCACAAUCGACCUUCAACGAUCUGCAAGACCUCAGGGAGCAAAUCCUCCGGGUAAAGGAUACAGAUGAUGUACCGAUGGUACUAGUAGGCAAUAAGUGCGACCUGGAGGACGAGAGGGUAGUAGGAAAGGAUCAGGGUGUCAACCUUGCCCGGCAAUUCAAUUGCGUGUUUAUGGAGACCUCUGCCAAAGCUAAAAUUAAUGUUCGCGACAUUUUUUACGACCUGGUGCGGCAAAUAAACAAGAAGUCGCCAGAGAAGAAGAUGAAGCAGAAAAAGAAAUCGCUGUGCCUACUUUUGUAAGGUAGAUAUGGCAGAGCCCAUACUCUCCUACAUGAAAAAUCCGAACAUACCAGUGGAAACAAAAAAAAAAGAUACGCAAGAAAAACAAGAUCGGGGGCGGACAUAAAAUGAAAAAAAAAAAAAGAUACUAAUGACGAGGAGGGGGGCUGACGGAAUACUAAAAAGCGACGAGGUAAAAGCGGGAGGUCUGUGCGACACCGACGGUUAAGAAGGAAGCCGAACGGCGAUACGGAGGGCACAA